UGAGACAACAUGCCCUGUCUCAGAACGGCGAGCUCUAUCUUCUCCUUCCUCUUCUUUUUCUUUUUCUUUUUUUCAAUGCGGGAAGUAUACUGUAGACCGACCAUUCAACCAACGCCAGAGAUCGAAUUACCAUCAUGAUUACAACAAGUGUGAUCCCUAAGGAAUGGGCGGACAAAUCAUGGCCUCUCAUCACCUCCCCCCAAUGUCAGGGCCACGAUAUCGUAAGCUCCUCCAACGGCAGUACAGUCUUCACUGCUGAUGCUUCAACCUAUUUUUAUAGCACUCUCACUUCUCCGUUUUCAUGGCUACCGACAUGUAUCACGUCCACAACUUUUUCAUUCGCUCCAUGAAUAGCAUCUAUUGACAGUCACCCUACGUCACGAAACCAGCCGACACUGCGGAUCUUUUGUUUCACACCAAAUGUCUUGUCC